AAAACGACUCAAGGCUUGGACGGGCCUGCUCUGCGAUGCGCUCCGAUGAUUGGACAUAGGAGUUUGACAGGCUUGUUAGUUCCGCCCAUCAACACGACACGCCUCCUCUCUGCCUCGCGAGCGUGGCUGAAAACUCCAAAUGGGAAGAGUUUGAAAAGUUGUGCGGAUGAGCUGCUGUCUCUCAUCUCAAACGAGCAGAGCAUACAAGGGGAGUCGUUUUUCAUGAGUUAAAUGGCGGAGCAACUACUUAUUAAAAACGAUGAGAAGCAUCUUACAAAGUCUCUGCUGGCGGUGGCUUUCCUGGCCUCGUUUGGUAGCUCCAUGCUCUAUGGCUUCAACUUGGCAGUCGUCAACUCUCCUUCACAGUACAUCAAAGACUUCUACAAUGAGACGCUGGUAGAAGAUUACAACUGGACUCCAGAUGAGAACCAACUCACCGUCUUGUACUCCCUCACCGUUUCCAUCUAUGCUAUCGGUGGGAUGAUGGGGGCCCUGCUAGUGGGCAAACUGGUAACCAAAUAUGGAAGGAAAGGGACGCUGGUGAGAUCUACUGUGCUGGUGUUCAUAGCGGGAGCUCUUUUGGGUUUCAGCAGAAUGUGCAGGAUGCCUGCGAUGGUCAUUAUUGGACGCUUCAUCAUAGGAGUACACUCAGGUAUCUCUCUCAGUGUGGUGCCGAUGUACCUCGGUGAGAUCGCCCCUAAGAACCUGCGAGGCUUCUUAGGCCUCAUUCCCAGCAUUCACAUUUGUCUUGGAGUCUUCAUCGCUCAGGUCCUGGGACUCCAUGAACUGCUGGGAAAGGAAGAGCACUGGCCUUUGCUCCUUUCCUUGGUAGUGUUUCCUACCACCAUCCAGCUGAUGCUGUUGCCAUGGUUUCCAGAAAGUCCACGGUACCUGUUGAUAGAGAAGGGAAAUAUUCACGCCACCAUUGCAGCCCUGAAGAGGUACCGUCCUAAAGGAGACAUCCAGGCGGAGGUGGAUGAGAUGCAAGAGGAACAGCGCUCUCUGUCCUCUAUCCAGACCGUCUCUGUUUGGGGCCUGCUGAUGGACCGCUCCGUUCGCUGGCAGGUCAUCACCAUUGUGGUGGUCAACAUUGGCAUGCAGUUAUCUGGCAUCGAUGCGAUCUGGUUCUACACAAAUGACAUUUUUAGCGACGCAGGAAUCCCAGAACCUUAUAUUCAGUACACAACUGUGGGAACUGGUGCCAUUGAGGUCAUCUCUGGGAUGCUGGGGUGUUUUACUAUCGAGCGUCUUGGCAGGAGACCUCUGAUGAUUGGUGGCUUCCUCUUCAUGGGUCUCUGCUGUGCUGGGAUCACAGUGACCGUCCUCUUCCAGGCACAGGUGUCCUUCAUGCGCUACAUCAGUGUGGGCUGCGUUGUUGGGAUUAUUGCCGGCUUCUGCAUAGGUCCAGCUGGCGUGCCUUUCCUGAUCACUGCAGAGCUGUUUAAGCAGUCACACCGACCGGCUGCCUACACUGUGGCUGGUUGCCUCAACUGGUUGUCCAACUUCACCAUCGGCUUUGUCUUUCCUUUCCUAGAGAUGUUUUUAGGUCCUUACUGUUACCUGAUCUUCUGUACGAUCUGCUUGGGAGUGGCUGUCUACACAAUCUUCAUUAUUCCUGAGACCAAGAACAAAACCUUUAUGGAGAUCAGCCAGAUGUUUGCUGCCAAGAACAACAUCCUCAAGGAAGAGCUGCAUUCCAAUGGGCUUCUCAAAAUGGCUGUGAUGAAUGGCUAUGGAACCCUUGGCCGCCACAAUUAAAAUUAAGGAUUGAGGAGGUGGACCUACAUGC